CUUGGUUCCCCUCCCAUUCACCCAGCGGGUCAGUUGGGUCUUCUCGAGCAGCUCCACCACACCAAAAAAGUCAAGCCUACAGCCAUGAGCAAGUCCUACUCCUCCUCGGCCCAGACGGCCUCAUCUUACCGUCGCACCUUCGGUUCUGGUGUCAGUUCUUCUCCGAUGUCUUCCCUCUUCUCCCCUCACGGAGGAAGCCGCAGCUCCUCGACCCAUACGACUCGAGUGUAUGAGGUGAAAAGCGGUGCGCCUUCCUAUUCCAGCUUCAGAAUGUCCUCUGGUGGCGCCGGCCUGGGUUCCUCCACCGCCGUGCGCACCUACGGCGAGAAACUCGACUUCAACCUUGCUGACGCCAUGAACCAGGACUUCCUCAACACAAGGACCAACGAGAAGGCCGAGCUUCAGCAUCUCAACGACCGUUUUGCCAGCUACAUUGAGAAGGUCCGUUUCCUGGAGCAGCAAAACGCCGCUUUGACGGUAGAGAUCGAGAAGCUCAAGGGCCGCGAAGGACCUGGGCGUGUGGCUGAGAUGUACGAAGAUGAAAUGAGGGAGCUGAGGAGGCAGAUUGAAGCUCUGUCCAACCAGCGUGCUCGUGUGGAGGUGGAGAGAGACAACCUGGCUGAUGACCUCCAGAAGUUGAAGCUCAGACUACAGGAGGAGGUUCACCAGAAGGAAGAAGCUGAGAACAAUCUGUCUGCCUUUAGAGCUGAUGUGGACAAUGCCACCCUGGCCAGGCUGGACCUGGAGAGGCGCAUUGAAAGUCUGCAAGAGGAGAUUGCCUUCCUCAAGAAAAUCCAUGAAGAGGAAAUCCGUGAGCUGCAGAGCCAUAUCCAGGACACUCAGGUGCAGAUCCAGAUGGACAUGUCGAAACCCGACCUGACCGCAGCUCUGAGGGACAUCCGCAUGCAGUAUGAGGCCAUCGCCGCAAAAAACAUCUCAGAGGCUGAGGAUUGGUACAAGUCGAAGGUUUCAGAUCUGAACCAGGCUGUAAGUAAGAACAACGACGCCCUGCGCUCUGCCAAACAAGAAACCAUGGAGUACAGACACCAGAUUCAGUCCUAUACCUGUGAGAUUGACUCACUCAAGGGCACUAAUGAGUCUCUGCUGCGUCAGAUGAGAGAUAUUGAGGACCGCAUGGGUCGCGAGGCUGCCGGUUACCAGGACACUAUUGCGCGUCUGGAGGAGGACAUUGCCAAGAUGAAGGAUGAUAUGGCCCGUCACCUGAGGGAGUAUCAGGACCUGCUCAAUGUUAAAAUGGCUCUGGAUAUUGAAAUCGCCACUUACCGCAAGCUGCUGGAGGGAGAGGAGAGCAGGAUCACCACCUCCAUGCCUGUCCAAACUGCUUAUUCCUCUAUUGGUUUUAGAGAGACCAGUCCUGAGUCUCAGCCUCAGCGUCCUUCCGAGAUGCACUCAAAGAAGACCGUUCUCAUCAAGACCAUCGAGACACGUGAUGGAGAGGUUGUCAGCGAGUCCACACAACACCAGCAAGACAUCAUGUAACCAGGUGGUGAUUCCAUGAAAAAAAAAAAAAUCCACAAUAUGUUGACCAAAAAAAUUAAUAAAGAUGAUAAUAACAAUAAAAAAAAUCUUAGAAAUUUUACCACAGUAGUAUGACAAACCUUGGUCAGAGCGACUGUGGCGGCACAUUUUCCACAUUUUGUUUGUGCAAAUAUGCAUUCGUGCAGCUGGCUAGAGAAUGGCUUGUGUUGAUGUUAGAAGCUGUAGCAGAAGUGGGCGAGAUGGCAGUUAAAAUGUCAAGAAACAUCUCAUAAAAAAGGAACUAAGUCAUGUGUGACAUUAUGAUCUUGGCCUUGUGCCGAGAGCGUGCGAUUGUGUGUGCAUGGGCGACCAUGUGGAGCUGCUUCACUCUGACUAAAAUUU